UCAUGCUUCCUCAGUGAAUAGUCGAGAAGCAGCUCCAGUUGUAAUGGAUAAAGGUGUUGAAUUUGUAGAUAAAUACAGAGACACGCUCAUACAGAGAGUUGCAUCAGUACUGGAAAUAGACACUCUACUCACCAAGAAAAUAAUCAACAGUGAAAUGUACAGUGUUCUCAUCGAGGCAACAACACCACAGGAGAAAAUGAGGAAAUUGUACAGGUUUCUCGACUCAGGAGGAAGAGCUGCCAAAGCAGAAUUCUAUAAAGUCCUGAAGGAGAAGGAGCUUCUUGUAGUGAAUGACCUGGAGUCAGGAUUCGAAUAAUGCAACACUGUCACAAUAAAAAUUAGUACUUAAUGUGUCAGGUUUUUAAAACUCAA